CUGAGGAAGUAUUUGGGUUUUACGAAGACAUUUGAAGGGAUGGCAUCUGUCCAGCCUGUGGCACCAGCAGCAGGAAGUCUUGAGGAGGCUUGACCACACUGCCAAGCCCCUGUGAUGGAAGCCUGGCUUGAGCACCGUGCCGUCACCCAGGCCAGAGCACCAACUAGAACCCCGAGUGUUAACAGAUAGAAUGACAGCGGCCAAUAAAGUAGAGUGAGCAUCCCUCCACCUCAGCUGUGCCAGGGACAUGGUGCGUCUGGAGAGGAUGGCCGACGAGGAUGUAGAGAGCGGACAGCCAUGCCUCCCGCACCCUCCGCCACGUCCCAGAGUGUGCCACCACCACCACCACCACCAGCACCACCACCACCACCACCCGAACCACGACUGCGAGGAGGAGAACAUGACCCCCAAGCAGAAGGCAGACUUUGCGGUGAUCAAGUUUGUGGCGGGUCUGGUGCUGGCGGUAAUGCGCAAGUUCUGGGUGACCUCAUCAGCGGUGGUUGUUGGGAUAUUUGUCCUGUUUUGGCUGUAUGGGGGUUUGCUGGCAUUGCUGCUGCUGCUGUUUGCUCUCUCAGGUGUGGUAUAUCAGAUAAGUGACCUGCUGGUGUACUGGCCAAACUUCCCACCCGAUUCAAGGGUUCUGGUGCAGCCGCCGGCCACCCUUGGCCUUCCCUCGGAGAACCUGUUUCUUUAUGCCCGUGACGGCACCAAGCUCCACGCCGUGUUUGUCAAGCAGGACCCCUCCACCAUCCACACUGCCCCAACCUUUGUCUACUUUCAUGGGAAUGCUGGAAACCUGGGCCACCGGCUGAGUAAUGUAUAUGGCUUGUACCGCUGCCUGGGGGUGAACCUGCUGCUGCUGGAGUACCGUGGCUAUGGGCUGAGUCAGGGAGCGCCAUCAGAGGAGGGGCUCUACCUGGAUGCUCAGGCUGCUGUCUCUUACCUCAAGACUCGCCGCGACAUUGACCAAAACAAGAUCAUCAUAUUUGGCCGGUCUCUUGGUGGGGCAGUGGCGGUGGACUGUGUGAGCCGGGCAGAGGUGAGCAGUCGUGUGGCGGCGGUGGUGCUGGAAAACACCUUCACCUCCAUCCCAGACAUGGCCAAGGUACUCUUCUCCGGGGUGAAGUUCCUGGCACGCCUCCCACACUGGUGCCACAAGAAUAAGUACCUGUCCAAGUACAAGAUGUGCCGUGUGGUGGUGCCGACGCUGUUCCUCUCAGGCCAAGCAGAUGCACUGGUGCCACCACGCAUGAUGCUGGAGCUGUACCAUUGCUGCGCUGCCCCUGCCAAGCGCCUCAUGCAGUUCACACACGGCUCCCACAAUGAGACCUGGAAGUGCCCCGGCUACUACCAGGUCUUGGCACACUUCCUGGAUGAGGUUUUCAAGAGGAGCACCCAGCCUCCUGUGCUGCACCCAGGGGUGGUUUGCUUCUCAGAGCCCCAGGUUCUGUAGGUCAGUUGCUGCACUUUGUUAAUUGCACCACACAAGGAGAGAGGGACUGGUGCAGGCCGACCGGUGUGCGGGAGGAGGAGGUAAGGCCCAUCGGAAAAUUUUUAAUCAGAAAUGAUGAGAAGAAUUAUUUUCCUUUUUUUCUAAGAGGCAUUAUGUGUGCUACUAGGCGCUAGGUGGUGCUGCAGGUGGAGUCUGUGCGGUGCUUGCUGCUGAUGUGUGUGUGUAGCAUUGCCUCUUCUGGCAUAUGAUGCUCCUCACUCUCCUAUCCAGGAACAGGCAGCAGGUGAAGGAAACGUAAGCCACUCAGUGAUGUGUUAUUGUGGGUAGUCUGGUCUGGACUUGAAUCAUUGCCCUGAACUUGUGUCCUAUUGGCUGCCACCACCAGCACCGAGGCAAGGGAGGGAAGGUGUGAGUCAGUGCAUCAAUGUAUGGCUGAGGUUGAUUUGGAAAUUGUUGAGUUGUGCAAAUGUUGAAAAUGUUUGUAGUGAUAGUUUUGGGUUUCAUAGAAAAUUGAUUCAUUAAGGAUUUGUAUAUGAUGAGUAUAUUCAUGUAUAGUGUGUGUGUGUGUGUGUGUGUGUGUGUGUGUGUGUGUGUGUGUGUGUGCAUGCGCACAUAUGUUACAUUCAGUGAAAAAUAGAGGAAGACAUAGAAAAGUGUAUCAUUGUUCGUGUCUUCUAAUCAUGGACUUUCCUCAGAAAAGUAACAAAAUCAGAGCUCCAUGGAAAACACAUCAAAUGAAUAAUUGGUGGGAACGGUUGGCUUUUACAACGGGUGUGUGUAGUGUUUGUGUGUGGCGGCUGCUUAUGAAAUAGAUAAAUAAAUGAAUAAGACAGAAAAAAGAAAAGCAUGAUUUGUUUUUAGUAAUAGUCAUUUCCAGCAUGACAAAAAGAAGAAUGAUGCUCCAAUGAAAGGAAGAAAAGUUUUACCAGGCUUGAUGGAAAGCAGGUGAUGCCUCAGUGAAGGAAAGGAUGGAAGAGUAGAUUUCCAGAAAGAUGAGGAGUGUUUUGCUUGAAUGAAGGUUGCAGGCUGUGUCUGUAUAUACAUGAUUUUGCUUUUUUUUCACUAAUGGAAGGCUAAAGCUGCUGAUUUAGAAAAUAAUCAUCAAAUUCAUUGUUCAAGGCAAUCAAUCACCUAAUGCAUCCAAGCCAUAGAGUGUAAUGUACUGUGUGUGUUGGUGCACAAGACAACCUUUUGUGUAAACAGUCCUUCCCCAGCAGUCAGGGACAGUUGGCUGCUUCAGUGUGCAAGGGGAGGGAAAUUGUUUGGGUUGUAUGAUACACCAACACACACUGUAGUGUACAAGAAAUUGACUCUUGGUAAACCUGUUUGAACCCUUUCCUGCCUCCUGUGCCAAUGUUGUAAUGAAAUACUGAACAGACAAAUAAAUAAUGAUAUCAGCUGUACACAGAAGUAGCAUGUCUGCACCACUGCUUGACACAUGCAGGCCGGAGCAGCAAAUGGUUGCCUUCACUCCACCCACUGAGCUCAUAUUGUGCUGAUAGGGUCGCUAUGUGUUAUAUUAUGUGUUUGAGGACAAUAAUAUUAUGUAUAUCCUCUGUAUAUUUAACCAUUAGUGUACUGAGGAGCCAGAGUCGUCCUAUCUCAUACUGAUGUGAACUUAGGGGAGGAGCAUCUUUUUGUUGACUCACAUGGCAAAGAAGAAAGUACCUGGGCUCAUCUGAGAGGCAGCUGUGACAUGGUGGAUGCUUCAUGUGGAUACAAGUCAUCCUCAUUGGCUGACCAAUCACCAGACACUCCCCAGCUACUUUUUCCAGCCUAGACAUGUUUGCCUGGAUUGGAAUGGGCAGCAGGAUUGGGUUGAAGAGGCUGUGGAGUCAUUCCGGUCCACUGUUGUACCUACCAAUCCUCCGUCCCGGCUGUCUGUCUGUUUGUCUGUGGCCCAAGUGACUGGACCAUAGACUCAUCUUAGCAGCCAAUCAAACAUCAGCUUUCUGCGUGUAGGGCCGAGCGUCACUCCCUGAGACGUUUGCAUCUGAGAGCAUUUCCCUGCUUGCAUUUAGGUCCCCAAGUAGUGAUAUCAUAAGCAGUCCUUGUUUAUUCUUGUACUGCUGGUGUUUGGAUGUGUAAUAUUAAUAGACUAGACACCACAAGAGCAGUUGGAAGCUGCCGUGUCGUGUGGUGAGGGAGCAUCAAGUGGCGGUGCCAAGGGGCCAGAGGAGUGCUGCUGGGUAGGGUGGUGAGACAAGAAGGGCAGUGGAACAUAACAGCGUCGUAAUUCACUAAGGGCUUCCCAAUACUUGUCACCAAACAUCUCAGUACCACUUCAUGUGUCAACACUCCAGCAUUAGCUCCAUCCUACUGUGACCCUUCCUCUUCCCUCCUAUAUGUGCCCCUCAUCCUCCUCUCCUUCAUAUCCUGCCUCUCAUCUCUCAUCCUAUACAUCACCACCUCUUCUCCUCUCCCAUACUUUCUAUCACUCACCCUAUCUGCUUAUCUCUGUGUGUGGAUAGGAAAUAUUGUAACCUUCUCUAUAGCUCACAGGUUUAUUACUUCCCACAUCCUCUCCUCUGCCUGUCUCCUGUUCCUCCUCUCCUUGUGGCAGCAGUGCAAGGAUCACGUCAACCACUGCUUCAGGUCUUGCUCUUACUACUGUGGCUUCAAAAAGUGGCCACAGAGAUGAGAUUCAAUUUUUCGUUGAUCAUAACCGAGCAUUUAUGUACAUUAUACUUUGGAUUGAAAUGUUUAGCUUUGAGUUUUGUAUGUAGAGUCAAGGAAAGCAAAGCAAGGUUAAAGUUAAGUUAUGCAAUGGAGGCACAGGAUAAAGAUGUAUAGCUUUAGUAACUCCUGACUUCUAGUGUCCGCCUUUCCCCAUGAUCCUGUGAAGUGUGUUGUAGAAGGUGCCUCACUGGGUGGAAGUGAGGCAGAUGUACCAAAAUGAAAUAGGGGCCAGAGUUAUUACUAUUUAGUGGCUUAUUUAUUUUAUUGCCUUGUGUAUUGUAUUUGUUUUCUUUCUGUUAUGAGUUAGGAAAUCUGUGUGGAAGCUUUGUCUGAGAGGCUUGAGAGUCAUGAAGGAAGGAGUGCACCUUGUUGGGUUCAUUUCACUUCCAUGGUAUUGAUGUCAGUGAAAGAAAAGCUGGAACUCCUCUCCAUUCAGAUCUUUCGCCUCUUGUUUCUUUCCUUUACACUCUCUAGGACAGUCAUUGGCAUAGAAAACAUCAUAAGCAAGCAAUACAGUGAAUGACAUUUCUAAAGCAUUCAUCUUGUAAUUCGUGUCUUAAAAUUUUCUGGGUUGUCAUGAAGUUAAGUUUGCUUCGCUUGAUAAGUCUGAAGUUCAGUGAGUUUUUUUAAUUUUCUCUUGCAUUCUUCCGUGUCAAUCAAAACCAGCCACUUGAAUGCAGUCUGUGGUGAUUGAGUGUUCAGGUACUUUAACUAACUCAGGUUUGUCAUGUUGGAUGUUGAGUCAGAGGAGGCGAUGUCAUGAUACUGUCUAAUGGAAGGGAACUGAUAGCCUAUUGCUUCUCCUACUACCACUGCAUUUAUUUAUAUCCUGUGUAUGUAUUUAUCUAUAGCUGGGUUGUAUUUGUCUCUGACUGGUAGUGAGAGUAGGUGCCCAUGCUGUGAUGUGUGCAGUGUGGAUCCUUGGUGGCUGUUUAGCUGGAGGAGUUAUGCUAAACUGUCCAGGAACCUGCAGGAGUUAGGUGUCAGGUUUUCCUCAGUGGCAUGAUAACAUAACCUAACUUGUGAUCUGUAAUUGUGUGAUAUUUUGUAGCUUCUUUUUUUCAAUUGAGUUAGUGUGGUACAUUUGUGGUCAGGAGUCAGAGUGGCCUGCUUUUACUUGCACAGUGUCUUGUGCCUCUCCUCAGCCAGAACUUUUUUGAACCAGUGGCUGUCUGGCAGUUGGGUUUUGUUUCCAUUUGAUCCAAUGGCUGUACACUGAGGGAAAGUGCAGACACUGAAGUGACAUUGAAGUGAGUAAAUGUGAUGUUAACUGACCUCUGACUUAGACUGUACAAAGUGGAACUGGUAAUGAGUUCUUUUUAAUUUUGCUUCUUGAAUCUGUAGGGAAGACUGAUAUUCUUUCCUGCAUCAGUUUACCUGGCUGACAUCCCCUGAGAGAGAGGGUAGCUCUAGGGUCACUGUAACAAGUUAUUAUUUAUUCUAACAUUAUACUAUAUAUGUAUAUGUGGUUUUCAAAGAUGGGUGAGUGAGGCCAGCAGUGCAUGACCUGAUUUUGGUGUGGUAUGUGUGGCCAGCAGUGUGUGAGCUGACUGUGGUGUGGCAGGAGCAGUGAGUGAGUUGGCCUCAGGGUGGACCACUUGUGUUGUUGUCGUGACAGCAGGACGCCAUCAGCCAAACAGAUGCUCUGCUGAACCAGUGCCAAAGAAUUAAUUAACUUAUUAUAAUCUCAAAUGGCAAGAAGAUUGGAGGAGUGCAGAGCCUCCCUGAUACUAGGGAUGGGUGGUAGUGAUGUGGUGUGGUGUGGUGUGGUGUGGUGUGUUGUGUUGUGUUGUGCAUGUUUAGGAGGGAACAGGAAAGUGUGGGAGGCUGUCAGGUUGGAGGUCUUAUUCCAUAUAUUGCAUGUAAUUUUCUACUGGAUAUUAAGUAUGCAUCAAACACUUAGAUAUUUUCACAUGCUGUUUAGUCUGACGUGAUUCUGUUCUCUCUAUGGUGUCCGGCAGUCUGUGGAGUUGCCUGGACGUGAUCUGGGAAGUGUUUGUUUACACGGAGUAGUAGGAAGCUCACAAAGGUGGUGCCCCACUGUUCCGAUGUGUGUUUUGUGACGGCAUCACAGGCUGUCUUCACGCCAGACUGACAUCCUCCUAAGAGGAAACUAAUGAAUACAAGUAAGAAAAAUCCUUAGUGGGAAAUAUUUUCCUUGUACAGUUUAUUAAUAUACAGAUUUUGAGGUAAAAUCAUUCUUUAUUGAUUAACAAAGUGAGUCUAUUCUUGAUGAAGUAAAUGGAUACCAUUUUAGUAACCUUUGUCAAGUGUAAACAAACACAACUUUAUCACAGCCAGCAAAGGGGAGAGGAAGGGGGAGGAGGGCAUCCCCCCACUGGUGCACCUCACCCUAACUGUUAAUUCUUCACUACUGAUGCUGUUUACAGAUCAUGAAGUGCCUUGGACUUAGUAUUCCUUGAUGUUAGUUUUGAUAGGAUAAGUAAUGUUAAAGUUUUAAUAAAAUAUUUUAUGUAUUUGC